UGGGACCGCAAAGGCCGCACUUUGGACCGCAAUAGGUCUCAGAACUUAAGUCUAACAAAUCGACAGGACUGAAGCUUCUAACUUCAGUGCCACUUUAGCUUUGCACCACACUGCAAUACCUACUCUGUUUUUUUUUAAUCCUCCAUACAUAAGAAAUUAUGGAUUUUUAACAAACUAAAAACAAAACCUAAAACAGUGGUUAAGGUUCAAAAAGUCAGAAAGAAAGAAGAGAGCCAAACGAAUUUUUAAUCUUAUUUUUCAAUAAUAAUAAUAAUUUGGAACUUGUUAACAAUUUUGAACUCUAUCAUUUAAAUAUUUAAACAAGUACUUUAAUUCUAAAGAAGCAAAAGAUUGGUCCAAUGGAAACGUUCUCCAACUAACGGCAACGACAUCAGCAAUAAGUGGUUAAUGAAGGGAUUAGAGGGCGAUAAUAAUUUACUUUUUAAAGUAACAUUACUAUUGUAAAAUUUAAGCAAAACAAUUUGUUUAACAAGUCAGUAUAAUGUCUACAGAGCCAGGUAGCUUUUCAUCUAAUGGCAGCAUGAUUGUCGUCAGCAACAGGUUACCUUUCGUUUUAAAAAGAAAUGAAUCAACAGGGAAGUUGGAACGCAAGGCCAGUGCUGGUGGUCUUGUUACUGCAGUGGCACCUGUGGUUAUCAAUGGUAAUGGCGUAUGGGUAGGAUGGCCUGGAAUGCACAUGGAAGAUCCAAACGAACCAAUUCCAGAGUCUGAUCCAAAUGACAGAACACCAACAGCUGGUCUGCUUUCUCGAAAAGUAGUGGCCGUACAUGUCGAAGCUGGAAUUUUCGACUCUUAUUACAAUGGUUGUUGUAAUGGAACAUUCUGGCCUCUAUUUCAUUCUAUGCCUGAUAGAGCAACAUUUAUCGCAGAUCAUUGGCGUGCUUAUUGCACAGUCAAUGAGGAAUUUGCUGCAAAAACCGUCCAAGCUUUGGAACUUAUACACAAGGAACAAAAGGGAAAAAGUAAUGGGACACCUCUGGUUUGGGUACACGAUUAUCACCUUAUGCUCGCAGCCAAUUGGAUACGACAAGCGGCUGAUGAAAAGAAACUCAAAUUAAAAUUGGGUUUCUUUUUGCAUAUUCCAUUCCCACCUUGGGAUAUAUUUCGAUUAUUUCCCUGGGCCGAUGAAAUACUUCAGGGCAUGCUAGGUUGUGAUAUGGUUGGAUUUCACAUUCAGGACUACUGUUUAAAUUUCGUCGAUUGCUGUCAAAGAAGUUUGGGUGGUAGGGUAGAUCGUAAAAAUCUCCUCGUUGAACAUGGUGGUCGUACUGUUCGAGUUCGUCCACUUCCUAUUGGAAUACCAUUCGACAGAUUUGUUACCCUUGCGGAAACUGCACCGAAAGUUAUGCUGACGAAUCAGAAAGUUGUUCUCGGAGUGGAUCGUCUUGAUUAUACCAAAGGUCUCGUUCAUAGACUAAAGGCAUUUGAAAUGCUUUUGGAAAAGCAUCCGGAGCACAGAGAACAGGUGACCAUGCUGCAAAUAGCCGUACCAUCCCGAACAGAUGUUCGCGAAUACCAAGACUUAAAACUGGAAAUGGAUCAAUUAAUCGGCUGUAUAAAUGGUCGUUUCACAACUCCGAAUUGGUCGCCAAUUCGCUAUAUUUACGGUUGUGUUAGUCAGGACGAAUUGGCUGCGUUUUAUCGCGAUGCAGCUGUGGCUUUAGUUACUCCCUUAAGAGACGGAAUGAAUUUAGUCGCCAAAGAAUUUGUUGCCUGUCAAAUAAAUAAGCCACCGGGUGUUUUAAUAGUCUCCCCAUUCGCCGGUGCUGGAGAAAUGAUGCACGAGGCACUAAUUUGUAAUCCUUACGAAAUUGACGAAGCGGCCGAAGUAAUUCAUAGAGCUUUGACGAUGCCUGAAGACGAGAGAACUUUGCGAAUGAAUCACCUUCGUCGGAGAGAGAGAAUUUAUGAUGUGAAUCACUGGAUGAAGUCUUUUCUACAGGUAAUGGGUUCACUUGAAGAGAGAGAUUCGGUUGGUGCCACUACGAUGCAGCCAGUGACGAUGGAUGACUUUGAUGACUAUUUGAGCAAGUACAUUGGCGACGAUCACAAAUUAGCCCUUCUCUUGGACUACGACGGAACUCUUGCUCCAAUUGCAACGCAUCCGGAUCUGGCGACUCUUCCUUUAGAAACGAAAAAUGUUCUACAAAGACUAUCGAAUAUGCCUGAUGUCUACAUUGCAAUCAUAUCGGGUAGAAAUGUAAAUAAUGUAAAAAGUAUGGUUGGAAUUGAUGGUAUCACAUAUGCCGGUAAUCAUGGUUUGGAGAUUUUACAUCCAGAUGGGAGUAAAUUUGUUCAUCCGAUGCCUGCGGAAUAUGAGGGAAAAGUUGCUGGAUUGAUGCAGGCUCUACAGGAUCAGUUGUGCAAAGACGGAGCUUGGGUGGAGAAUAAAGGAGCUCUGUUGACUUUCCACUAUCGUGAGACGCCAAUGGAGGGACGGUCGGAAAUGAUCGAAAGUGUUAAGAAGCUGAUAGAAAAUGUUGGAUUCAAGGCUUGUUCGGCGCACUGUGCGAUUGAGGCUAAACCACCCGUUGAAUGGAACAAGGGUCGUGCUUCUAUUUAUAUUCUCCGCACUGCUUUUGGUCUCGAUUGGAGUGAGAGGAUUCGAAUUAUUUAUGCCGGAGAUGAUGUUACUGAUGAGGAUGCUAUGAGAGCAUUGAAAGGUAUGGCAGCCACGUUCCGCGUCGCUUCUUCGCACAUAAUUCGCACAUCGGCAGAACGCCGUCUACCCAGUACAGAUUCUGUUCUGACAAUGCUGAAAUGGGUCGAGAGGCAUCUCAGUAGACGUAAGCCACGAGAAAAUAAUGAUUCCUGUAGAUUUCGUCGCAGCAGUCCAAGUUCGGGAAUAACGAUGGAGAUGUGCUUCACCGAGAAGCAAAAGUCAUAGGAAAAUCGGAGGAAAGAUUAUAAAGAAAACGUCUUUUUUUUUAAAUAUCAUCAAAACUACGAUAGUAUCUAUAUUACUAUACAAAGAUUAGCGUAAGUAAUAGUUUCGUGUUAAAGUUGUACGAUAGUUUUUUAAAAAAGAAACGACCUCAUAAUGUAGUGUUCUAAUGGACAAUGUAAAAAAAAUAACACGUAAUUGGUUUUCAUAUCAUUUUUUUCUUUUAAUAUCUAAAUGUUCAAUUUAGAGAAAAAUUGUUAAUUUACGAAAAAAAAGACUAAAAUAUUUUUUAUACUUCUAUAAAAUUCUUUUUAUAUAUACUGAGAAAACGGAACAACUUUAUUGCGGAAGUAUAGUUGUAAUAAUAAUAAUAAUAUAUAAAGUUUUACGUUUGAUAUACCAUA